AAAAAAAGACGUAAGACACCGGCCCUCUUUUGACGAGUUUUGUUCAAGUUUAUUGCAACAUCGUGUGCGUGGACGGUGCGGUACGUGGUGGCAUUAUCUAUCUGAAAUAACUCUCUUAAAAUGAGGGUUGAAAAGUGUUAUUUUUGCUCGAGUCCGAUAUAUCCUGGACAUGGAAUCCAAUUCAUUCGGAAUGACAGUAAAAUCUUCAGGUUUUGCCGAGGUAAAUGCCACAAAGCAUUCAAGAGGAAGAAGAACCCAAGGAAGGUGAGAUGGACCAAGGCUUUUAGGAAAGGAGCAGGAAAAGAAUUGGCGGUGGAUAAUUCAUUUGAGUUUGAGAAGAGGAGAAAUAUCCCAGUGAAAUACAGUAGAGAACUGUGGCAGAAGACUAUUACAGCCAUGGCUAGGGUAGAUGAGAUCAAACAGAGAAGAGAAGGCCAACAUAUUAUUAACAGAUUGAAGAAGGGCAAGGAGUUGAGGAAGCAGAGAGAUAUCCAAGAAGUCAAAAAGAGCAUCCAUCUUAUCAAAUCUCCUGCUGCAGGUCUCAAGAAGAGGAGAGAAGAAGAGGUCCAAGUUAUCGAGGAGCAGGAUGAAGAGAUGGCAGAGGCAGAAGAGAAUUGAACCUAGAACCUUUCAAUAAUGUACAUUACAAACACCACAAUACCUGGACAAUGGACAUUGGAAAGAGACUGAACUUCCAAGAUGUCUCUGAUAUAGACUUUUGUUCUCAAAUCAAUGAUAUAUUGGAGUUGUAAAGACAUGAGCUGCUUCAGAAUGUACAUGUAAAUGAAACAUGGAUGAACAUUAUUCCAUCUGGAGCCAAACUUUCCCCAUAUUGUUAUCAUAUGUCUGAACUCCUUGCUACUCUUUGUGUAAGGAUUUAUUUUAAGGGGCCAUAAUGACAUAUUUGGUGCACCAGCAGUGUACUAUUUAAAGUUCACUGGCUAGCAAGAGUCCAAUCUUAUUUAUUGUCCUUAUAAUGUAUACUUUGAUUUCUACACAUGUAGUAUUGAUACUGGUAAAUAUUCUAAGAUAUUAACAAUGACGAUACCACAGAUAUUUGUUUAUCCAUGGAAGCUGCUCUAGCUUUGUCUCUUGCAGGUCUAGCAAAAAAGUGGAACCCAAUAUUUUCAGUCUAUGGUAAAAGUGACAGUAAUGAAACCUUCAGUGGCAGACUGCCUGUCAUAGAGGCAGCAGGAUGUUUACCGAGUAAGCCAAACAUGGCUGAUAUGGCUGUAUGCAGCAGGGGGGAGUGCAGUUACCCCCCCCCCCCCCCCCCCGAAAUUUUUUUAAAAAUUCAAUUUUUUUACUGAAAAGUUUCACAAAAUUCACCAAAGUAUGCACAAAAUCCUUUGAUUUCACUUCACAAAAUGCACAAGUGCCCGAAUUACAAGUUUGGUCGCUUCCAAGUUUUUUUGGAAAGUUUAUGCAUCCUGCUCCCCCGCCCUUGCAAAAAAAAUCUGUGUACGACCAUGAUGGCUGAUGAGUGCUCUGGUGGAAAUAGGAAGUAGUAAGGUCGUUCAUAGGCGAUAAUAUUUCAAUGCUCGCCUGUUUUUUUAAGUCAUUGCUAAAUUUAUAUUCAUGCUUAUAAAGGAGAUUCCAACCCAUGAGGAAAGCUUUUUAAGGAAAGAGAAAAUCAGAGAAGUGGGUGGAUGAAAUAUUGAACAAAAUCAGACAAUAUGACAAAUACAUAUAUUUAGAAGUUGCAAAGAAAAAAAAUCAAGUUGAUGGUUUCAAAUUGGCAACAAAGGUAAUUUCAUUGUGAUGUAGGGCAAGGACUAUAUUCCAAUACACUAAAUGAGUGAAGUGUCAUUUUCAAAUCUAGUAUUAAACUACAAAUAGUUUUCUUUUUCUUUAUCAUGAGGAAUUAUAUGUACAUGUAAGUCAAUACGCCAUAUGUGUUUCAUUCGAUUGUCUUUACAGGAUUAGGGGUAUGCUUAGAGGAAAAAUCGCACAUUUCUCAUAAUGCAUCUUCAUGUAUUUAUCUAAAUGAUUUAUCAAAUGAGAACACACAGAGAAAAGGCUACACAAUUUGUGUUGGACUAGGUGCUCUCUUAUGCUUAUCAGGGUUUGUUUGUUUUACUGUAGCUUCCCGUAUGUAUAUCUUCAGUCCAACUUCUGCUUCCCUGUUCAGUCCUAGAAAUGUUAUUACAAGGUCGACAUCAUGCUCGUACAUUGAUUUUCAUAAUGGGCCCUCAAAUGUAUUUUGUCACAUUUCCCACACCUAAACGUACCAAAUUUUCAGGAUGAAACGUAAUGCUAGUAUCCUUUCACGCACCAUGCAUACAAAACUGUUGAAGAGAAAACUAAUUUUUCCUGCUUUUUUUUCUUUCAAUAUUGAUACCCUUUUCACUGUAUGCGUACAUCUCCUGAUCAUGAAAAGCAACCUUUUUACUAGACAGAAAAAUCAGUGUAUUUUGGUCAGGACAUGCUCUGCUUAGACUUAGUCUGGCUUUGCAGCAUCCUUUCCCUCCAUAGGUGUGUUGGAGGACUGAGAAAAAUCAGGAAAAAAAUCAGAAAACAGCGGAUUUUUCAGUCUACCUUUUUACAUUAUUUUGUGGACUGGCAUGGUGUCCACAGCACUGUCCAGCUUGUAAUGACAGUGGCCUCUUCCACCCCCGUCCCAAUUGUAAGUUUCAUUCUUAACAAUUAUUACUGGAUCACUGUAAAUAUGUAUCCAUGUCUGUAAGGACAUGCAAAUAAAUCUAUGUAUGAUAAUGUA